GAGUGCACCUCUUUUCGUAGAGGUACCACGCGCAAGUGUUAUCGGGAGGCUCUGCAAGAGAGCAGCGCGAAGCGAUGGCUUCUGGGCCCGGGGGCGGACCGUAUCGCGUAGCCGGAAGCGGGGGCGCGGAGGCGGGUCUGAGGUUUGGUCGCUGCGGAGCGGGUCGCGGGCAGCUGUUUGUCUUGCUCCUUUUGACAGCCCCCAGUGCGAACGGCUGCCACCAUGUCAUCAGUGAGCCCCAUCCAGAUCCCCAGCCGCCUCCCGCUGCUGCUCACCCACGAGGGCGUCCUGCUGCCCGGCUCCACCAUGCGCACCAGCGUGGACUCGGCCCGCAACCUGCAGCUGGUGCGGAACCGCCUGCUGAAGGGCACGUCGCUGCAGAGCACCAUCCUGGGCGUCAUCCCCAACACGCCUGACCCCGCCAGCGACGCGCAGGACCUGCCGCCGCUGCACAGGAUUGGCACAGCUGCACUGGCCGUUCAGGUUGUGGGCAGUAACUGGCCCAAGCCCCACUAUACUCUGUUGAUUACAGGCCUGUGCCGUUUCCAGAUUGUGCAGGUCUUAAAAGAGAAGCCAUAUCCCAUUGCUGAAGUAGAGCAAUUGGACCGACUUGAGGAGUUUCCCAGCACCUGUAAAAUGAGGGAGGAGCUAGGAGAACUAUCGGAGCAGUUUUACAAAUAUGCGGUACAAUUGGUUGAAAUGUUGGAUAUGUCUGUCCCUGCAGUUGCUAAAUUGAGACGUCUUUUAGAUAGUCUUCCAAGGGAAGCUUUACCAGACAUCUUGACAUCAAUUAUCCGAACAAGCAACAAAGAGAAACUCCAGAUUUUAGAUGCUGUGAGUCUAGAGGAGCGGUUCAAGAUGACUAUACCACUGCUUGUCAGACAAAUUGAAGGCCUAAAAUUGCUUCAAAAAACCAGAAAACCCAAGCAAGAUGAUGAUAAGAGGGUUAUAGCAAUACGCCCUAUUAGGAGAAUUACACAUAUCUCAGGUACUUUAGAAGAUGAAGAUGAAGAUGAAGAUAAUGAUGACAUUGUCAUGCUAGAGAAAAAAAUACAAACAUCUAGUAUGCCAGAGCAGGCCCAUAAAGUCUGUGUCAAAGAGAUAAAGAGACUCAAAAAAAUGCCUCAGUCAAUGCCAGAAUAUGCUCUGACUAGAAAUUAUUUGGAACUUAUGGUAGAACUUCCUUGGAACAAAAGCACAACUGACCGCCUGGACAUUAGGGCAGCCCGGAUUCUUCUGGAUAAUGACCAUUAUGCCAUGGAAAAAUUGAAGAAAAGAGUGCUGGAAUACUUGGCUGUCAGACAGCUGAAAAAUAACCUGAAGGGCCCAAUCCUAUGCUUUGUUGGCCCUCCUGGGGUUGGUAAAACAAGUGUGGGAAGAUCAGUGGCCAAGACUCUAGGUCGAGAGUUCCAUAGGAUUGCACUUGGAGGAGUAUGUGAUCAGUCUGACAUUCGAGGACACAGGCGCACCUAUGUUGGCAGCAUGCCUGGUCGCAUCAUCAACGGCUUGAAGACUGUGGGAGUGAACAACCCAGUGUUCCUAUUAGAUGAGGUUGACAAACUGGGAAAAAGUCUACAGGGUGAUCCCGCAGCAGCUCUGCUCGAGGUGUUGGAUCCUGAACAAAACCAUAACUUCACGGAUCAUUAUCUAAAUGUGGCCUUUGACCUUUCUCAAGUUCUUUUUAUAGCUACCGCCAACACCACUGCCACCAUUCCAGCUGCCUUGUUGGACAGAAUGGAGAUCAUUCAGGUUCCAGGGUAUACACAGGAGGAGAAGAUAGAGAUUGCCCAUAGGCACUUGAUCCCCAAGCAGCUGGAACAACAUGGGCUGACUCCUCAGCAGAUUCAGAUCCCCCAGGUCACCACUCUUGACAUCAUCACCAGGUAUACUAGAGAGGCAGGGGUUCGUUCUCUGGAUAGAAAACUUGGGGCCAUUUGCCGAGCUGUGGCCGUGAAGGUGGCAGAAGGACAGCAUAAGGAAGCCAAGUUGGAUCGUUCUGAUGUGACUGAGAGAGAAGGUUGCAGAGAACACAUCUUAGAAGAUGAAAAACCUGAAUCUAUCAGUGACACUACUGACUUGGCUCUACCACCUGAAAUGCCGAUUUUGAUUGAUUUCCAUGCUCUGAAAGACAUCCUUGGGCCCCCGAUGUAUGAAAUGGAGGUAUCUCAGCGUUUGAGUCAGCCAGGAGUAGCAAUAGGUUUGGCUUGGACUCCCUUAGGUGGAGAAAUCAUGUUCGUGGAGGCGAGUCGAAUGGAUGGCGAGGGCCAGUUAACUCUGACCGGCCAGCUCGGGGACGUGAUGAAGGAGUCCGCCCACCUCGCUAUCAGCUGGCUGCGCAGCAACGCAAAGAAGUACCAGCUGACUAACGCUUUUGGAAGUUUUGAUCUUCUUGACAACACAGACAUCCAUCUGCACUUCCCAGCUGGAGCUGUCACAAAAGAUGGACCAUCUGCUGGAGUUACCAUAGUAACCUGUCUCGCCUCACUUUUUAGUGGGCGGCUGGUACGUUCAGAUGUAGCCAUGACUGGAGAAAUUACACUGAGAGGUCUUGUUCUUCCAGUGGGUGGAAUUAAAGACAAAGUGCUGGCGGCACACAGAGCGGGACUGAAGCAAGUCAUUAUUCCUAGGAGAAAUGAAAAAGACCUUGAGGGAAUCCCAGGCAAUUGGGAUCCUUACUGUCCCUGGAAAGAUACAGCAUAGUGGUUCUCAGCACAGUCUCCAGAACAGAAGCAUCUGUAGUACCUGAUACCUUGUUAGAAAUGUACAUUCUCAGGCUCCACAGCAGGCUGCCUGAAUCAAAUCCUGGGAGGUGGGGGCAGAAAUCUGUUUUAAGAAGCCUUCCAGGUAAUUCUGCACAGUCAAGGAACCACUGGUAUAGACCAUUACUUAAUGGAUUUACCUGUAGAGUUUAUUGGAUCCUGAAACCAAUCAUUUAGAACUGGGAAAAGAUGAAAGUAUAGCCAACUAUUCUUGACUAAUACAUAUAUUCAAGUGGACUGGGUGUGAUGGCUAACACCUGUAAUUCCAGCACUGUGGGAGGUCCAGGCAGGCAGAUCACUGAGCCCAAGAGUUCAAGACCAUCCUGGCCAACGGCGAAAACUCUGUCUCUACAAAAAUAAAUUAUACAGGCGUGGUGGCAUGUGCCUGUAAUCCCAGCUACUCGGGAAGCUGAGGCACAAGAAUUGCCUGAACCCAGGAGGUGGAGAUUGCAUUGAGCUGGGAUCAUGCCACUGCACUUCAGCCUGGCUGACGGAGCGAGACUCUGUCUCUAAAAAAGAAAAAACUCAAGUGGACCCUACGAAGAAGCCUACACAUCCCAACAGAAGCCCCUUCUUAUGCUGAGGGAAGCAGCCCUCAGAACAUGAUAGCUUGUAUCCAGCAGAGUGGCACAUGCUGGCACACCUCACAGAAGCACCCUGGCCCUGGAUGUCUGCAACCUCAGAAGAGUGCAGCUCCCGGAGGGAGGCAGCCAUCCAUCUGGGAUGGUCCUAAGCAUGGAAUCGUAACUCCUGAUACCGUCUCCUAUUUCUUGCUUGGCUACACCAGUUUCCAAAUCUGAUAGAUGUCCAUGCCCAUGUGCUCCUGCUGGGACUCAAUCCAGGCUGUGUAUGACUAUGAAGUCAGGAUCACCUGCUUACUGGCUGUGUGAACUUUUUGUAUCUUGGUUUUCCUCAUCUAUGAAUUCCAAGUAAUGCUACCUAAUUGUUACUGUGAAGAUUAAGUUCAAAUGCAAUGUGAAAUAAUAUUAA